UCUGCUUCUUGGCCGAUGGGUGCUGGGACAUAGAGUCCCCAGCCUGUGCUGCUGACGCCCUGUGGUGGCUAGCCGCUCUUUAGACACCAGACGCUGCCUUCCACUUCCUCCUCUCACUUCUUAUUCGGGCACCACUGACGACAGAGACUUCGGCUGGGCCAUUCCCGCCUCUCCUACCGCCUGGCAGCCAUGACGUGCGAACAGGGGGCAGCCUCUUUCAGCUCUUCUGGGGCAGCUGUGUCAAGGGAAAAUACUGGGCCCUCUCCCUCCCUGGGGGCUUCUGCGCAGUGAGUUCAGGGAGUCUCCUCCCUCCUCCAUCGGGCCUCCACCCCUACUCCUGCGCAGCCCCGCUGCCGCUCUCCCUGCCCUGGAGUCUCCUGCAGCCCCUUGGAUCUCCGUGACUCUCCCUACCUCCCCGACUCCCCAGGCUUCUUACAGUGACCUCUUACCGUGCCCCACUCCAUGAAUCGCCAGAACUAUUCGUCCCUAAAUUUCAAACCUUGCGCAAUGUCCCUUCACAGACCCCUCCAGGUAUCACGCAGCCCCGAGCCCCGAGCCCCGAGCCCCGCCCCGGGGGCCUCAUCCCGCCCCUUCGCGUCCGCGGCUCGUUUUCCCCCACUGAGCGCCCAGCUCCCGCAGUUUCCCCGGCCGUCGAGCGCCGUGGGCGGGGCUCCAGGGCGGCGGCGCCCCGCGGGGAGGGUCCUCCGUGCUGGGGGCGAGGCCACCCGAGGCAGCUCCCCGCCCGCCCCCAACCCCGCCCCGCUCUCGGAGCCUAUAAAGGGAGGCGACCCGCGGCCCGCCCGGCUGGCAUCCCCCAGCCGCCGCCAGCCCCGCCGAGGGGAGCCAGCGCCGUCUCUGAGGGGCGCCCGGGGCCAGAGCCAUGACCCUCCGCCGACUCAGGAAGCUGCAGCAGAAGGAGGAGGCGGCGGCCACCCCGGACCCCGCCGCCCGGACUCCCGACUCGGAAGUCGCGCCCGCCGCUCCGGUCCCGACCCCGGGACCCCCUGCCGCAGCCGCCACCCCUGGGCCCCCAGCGGACGAGCUGUACGCGGCGCUGGAGGACUAUCACCCUGCCGAGCUGUACCGCGCGCUCGCCGUGUCCGGGGGCACCCUGCCCCGCCGAAAGGGCUCAGGAUUCCGCUGGAAGAAUCUCAGCCAGAGUCCUGAACAGCAGCGGAAAGUGCUGACGUUGGAGAAGGAGGAUAACCAGACCUUCGGCUUUGAGAUCCAGACUUAUGGCCUUCACCACCGGGAGGAGCAGCGUGUGGAAAUGGUGACCUUUGUCUGCCGAGUUCAUGAGUCUAGCCCUGCCCAGCUGGCUGGGCUCACACCAGGGGACACCAUCGCCAGCGUCAAUGGCCUGAAUGUGGAAGGCAUUCGGCAUCGAGAGAUUGUGGACAUCAUUAAGGCGUCAGGCAAUGUUCUCAGACUGGAAACUCUAUAUGGGACAUCAAUUCGGAAGGCAGAACUGGAGGCUCGUCUGCAGUACCUGAAGCAAACCCUGUAUGAGAAGUGGGGAGAGUACAGGUCCCUAAUGGUGCAGGAGCAGCGGCUGGUGCAUGGCCUGGUGGUGAAGGACCCCAGCAUCUACGACACGCUGGAGUCGGUGCGCUCCUGCCUCUACGGCGCGGGCCUGCUCCCGGGCUCGCUGCCCUUCGGGCCUCUGCUCGCCGUGCCCGGGCGUCCCCGCGGAGGCGCCCGACGGGCCAGGGGCGAUGCCGACGACGCCGUCUACCACACGUGCUUCUUCGGGGACUCCGAGCCGCCGGCGCUGCCGCCCCCGCCGCCCCCGGCCCGCGCCUUCGGCCCGGGCCCCGCCGAGACCCCUGCCGUGGGGCCGGGCCCUGGGCCGCGGGCCGCGCUGAGCCGCAGCGCCAGUGUGCGGUGCGCGGGCCCUGGCGGGGGCGGAGGCGGGGGCGCGCCGGGCGCGCUCUGGACUGAGGCUCGCGAGCAGGCCCUGUGCGGCCCCGGCCUGCGCAAAACGAAGUACCGCAGCUUCCGCCGGCGGCUGCUCAAGUUCAUCCCCGGACUCAACCGCUCCCUGGAGGAGGAGGAGAGCCAGCUGUAGGGGCGGGGGCGGGCAGGGAGGUAUUUAUUUAUUUAUUCGCAACAGCCAGCGCUAAAAGAGGGGGAGGCCGAGCCAAGAGGACCCCAGGAGCCCAGAGCAGCGGGAGAGGGUCCUUGCUAGCCUCGGCCCGCCGGGUCGGUUCCUGGCUGGUGUCUGCUGAGGGAGUGGGGGGCCCAGCCCCUUCUCUUCUCCCCCGCCAAACCACAGUGGGAGCUGGGGCAGGGGGAGAGCCAGGCAAUCGGGGGCCAAAGAUGGGGGUGCUCGCCUACAGUCUGCAUCUGUAGUGCCUUGUGGGGUAUCCAGGAACACCCUCCCAGCAGGGGAUGGGAACCCUGUCCCAUGAAGCCCUCUCCUCAGCUUUACUUGCUCCCCCGCCCUUAGCCUUGGGGAAAAAUGGCCCGUGGUGGGCUGACCCCCCACCCUCCACACACACAGUUCCAUGACCCAGCGGGCCCCCAGGGGCAUCAGGUGCUGGUCCUCCUCCCUCCUGGCCUCGACCCCUAAGGGCUUCGCCCCUCCCAGGGGCCUGUAACUAAGUCGGGUCCUGCCAGGCAGGGGGCCUGUGUUCUGUGCCCCUUGGGAGACAGGAACUGGCAAGUUCAGGUGGGGUGGGGACAGCACAGACUGUUCCACCGUUCUGCAUAUUGUUGCUUCUGAACCACAAACUGUAUAAAUGGAUGGUUUUUUGCA